UCGCUAUCCAUCCUGACACCAUGAAAAGUGUACUUUGUUCUUUGAUAAAAGAACCUUGGGAUUUCCUAUUUACUUCCUGCAUCACUGAAAAAAAAAUUGCUAAAACAUUUUUGUGCUUUGGACAAAUUUGAGAAAUCCAUAAUCUGUUUCAUCUGAAUUGUACUAACUUUAGGUUCCAAUCCCAGUAGAAUCUUGAACAGUGCAUAAGUUUCAGAGAAUUAAAAACCGUGGCUGAAAUUUUUAAUCAGAUAGAAGUUAAUUUUUUAAUAUAAAAUGAAGCUGUUUUUCAUUUUGGGAUUAUGCUUCGUUUGCUUUGUUCAGUUGUCGAUGCAAGCAACAAUAGAAGGAAAAAUUGCUCCUAAUCUGGUAAUGAAAAGAUUAAAAGAUUUGCCAUACGAUACACGUGCAAAACUAAGCUCAAAAACUUUGAUCAAGGAUUGUCCAGUUCAACGGAAUGGCCGAUUCAGCUUUGCAAAUGUAGAGAACGGAGUAUACCACUUGCAUUUUGAAAGCAUUGAAUAUGAAUUUGCUCAAUUUCACAUUAUUGUAAACGAAUCUCAGGUGGAUGCUUAUUACACGACGGUUGGAGAAGAGCGAUCUUCAACAACCGCUCUGAGAAGCGCGUCGCAUCCCAUUACAGCUCGGGCUGUGCAAAAGCACGAGUAUUUACAAGAACCAAGAAAAUUCUCUUUGUUACGUCUCUUGAAGAGCCCAAUGAUGCUGUUGUCCUUAGCGUCUGUCGGUUUGGUUUUCAUUCUUCCCAAAAUGAGCGAGCAAGCAAGAUCCUUGGAGGUUGCUCAGCAAGAACAAGAUGCCGGAAUGAAGAAAAAGACUACAUAGAUAUAAGCAAAAAGGUUGUUCUCUUUUUAAUUCUCUCAUUUCGGCAGAUUAUUUUUCUCUCAAUAUACCAAAACCUCGUAUGGGUUUACAAAAUUUUUAAAUGGCUUACGAAAAUCAUCAAUGAUGAAUUUUUUGCAUCCCUUGUUGUUUUAACAAGAGUUAUGUUUAUGACUCAAUUGCUUGGAUCGUUUCGUUUCAUUUUAUAGAUAUGGAUUUCUUACUUGAUUCACGUAUGUGUGUGUGUCUGCCGUGUCUACUAUACAUGUAGAAGUGAAGUGUAUUAAAAAUUGGAAAAAGAAAGCGUAUCUUCUUUUAAAAAAUGAAACCACACAUUGAAUAUUGGAUAGUUACGAAACGCAAAAGUUCUAGUGGCAGGCCAUUCACGCUAGCAAGCUUGUUGCGAUACAAUCCUUGUCUUGUGCGUUUCUGUGAUAACUUGCAGAUUCUAAUUAACUGGCUCUGGAAAUUCGUUAAAUGUAGACAUGUGAUGUCAAACUGUAUUUCCCACAACAUUUUAUUUGGAUAUCUAUGAUGACUCUUUCAUGACAUGGUUUUAAAAUCACAAUGAUCAAUGAUUAUA